AUGCGAAUGAUGGGCGAUGUAGAUUCGACACCGAACAUCAAAAUAGAGAAAGAACUUUUACAAGGUAUUGCCGACGCUGCUGUUGCAUCUGAUGCAUGGAUUAUUACAAAUGGUUACAAGGAAGAGAGUAUUUCAGAACUGAUCGGUGAAGUAGUUUACAAUAGUCGAAUAAAAAAUCCUGAUAUAAAUUUUAGUGCGAUUGCUAUUGGUUUUUAUAAAUCAUCAAAAAAAGAAAAUCAGAAGACCACUGAUCACGAUGAAGCACUUAGUGACUAUGAAGAUGAUAUGGAUAUAGCAAUGAUUGAUGAAGUGUUUCCUCAAGAUGGUGCUGAAAUUUCAUUGUCAUCAGCUCAAAACACGUAA